GUCAGCUCAGUGGUCUGCAAAUCAUGGACCUUGCUGGGAAUAAAUUAACAAGAGGGAUUCCACGUUGCUUCGAGUUUCUUAUUGGUAUGGCUACAGAAAUAAAUGAAGAUCGUUUGGUUUUGGCUUUUCCCCAGUAUUACAGAAUAUCCGAGAAAGCAUAUCAGAUUGUGAGUGAGAUUAUGGAUUUCGAAAAAUUCAGGAGCGAGGAAAUGAUUUUGGCAUCCAUGAAAGGAUUAUAUCUUGAGUACUCAAAAAUGCAGCUGCAACUACUCGAGAUUAUGGACCUUUCAAGUAAUGAGCUCGAUGGAGUUAUUCCGGAGGGGCUUUGUGAGCUCGUUGGACUGCAUGGUUUGAACUUGUCACACAACCAUUUGUCAGGCAAUAUGCCCAAAAAUAUUGGAAAGCUCAAGUUUUUGGAGUCCCUUGAUCUCUCACGCAACGAAUUGGUUGGCACAAUCCCCCAAAGCUUGUCUGUCAUAACCACACUAAGCUACCUCAACUUGUCUCACAACAACUUGUCAGGCAAAAUUCCACUCGGCAAUCAGCUUCAGACUCUGAAUGAUUUAUCAAUUUAUGAAGGAAAUCCACUGCUUUGCGGGGUUCCAUUACCAAAGAAAUGUCCCACUGAUCCUGAUUCAGCCCAUCCUCCAUUGAUCUCUAGCAAUGCAGACAAAGAUGAUAAUGAGGAAGUUGAAGACAAGGCCCAAAAAAUAUGGUUUUACUUUGUCAUAUUUUGUGGAUAUGUAACUGGCUUAUGGGCAGUUAUUGGGAUUUUAGUGUUUAAAAGAGAAUGGAGAUUUGCCUAUUUCCGUUUUGCCGAAGACGCCAAAGAACACAUGCUUGCGAUGAUGACGGUAAAAGUGACAAGGCUGAAGAGGAAGAUGAUGAUUGGACCAUUAAGGGCAAGAAACUGAUAUAAAGUACACAUCGUUUUGUCACUGUCAACAAAUUAAAUAUCCCUCCUUUGAAAAUGUUGUGACUUUGGAUAUUGUACUUUAUCUGAUUGAUAUGUUACUACUGAAAUUGUUGGAGUCGC